AUGAAUGGCAAUCAAGGAUACCAACAGCAAUGGUCUCCAAACCAAGCUGCUCACACCACCCAGAUGCCUCCUGCCUACCAAGGGAACAAUCGUCAAUUUCCGGGGGUGCCGUUUAAUUCGGGAGCUUCGAGUGAGAGCCACGGGUUGCCCCCGACGCCCGGUGGUUUUCCUCAGCACGGUCAGAGUCCAAGGCCGGUCAUGCCUGCGGCGACCUCUCCGACCAGGAGCACAUUUUCUCCGUCCCAGACCCCGCUUGCCUCCACCGGUUUCUCCCAACAGCAACACGGGGUCCAAAGCGGGCAUCCCACUAAACAGUUCGUUCCCCAAACGAGCUCGGGUGCCCCGUCGCCGAACAGUUUCUACAGGACCAACCAGGGCGCGUUUCCAAACGGACCUAUGCAGAAACAGCAGCAACCAUUUGAAGGGAAUCAGCAGGCCCCGCCUAAGCUCCUGACGAACGGACCAACUGCCAACGGAUACAUGAAUGGCCCACCUCUUCCGACUUCGACAGUGAACCCGAUGCAGCCGAAUUCCACCCAGAGGUACGGACCGGCGCCGAUGCCUUUCACGAACGGACCCCCAAGCGGACUUCCGACUAGUCCGCAGGCUAAUCAAUUCCAACCGGGUUCCACGGUACCGACAAUCCAACAGCAGCCGAAUUCGGGCCCGGUCCCCCAAGCGCCGCUCCAACCGCCUCCGCCAACCCAGCCCAUGGGCCCUCCGCCCCUCAUCCCGAAUACGAAGCUUAACGCUCAUUCAAUGGGUGCACCUGCACAACCUCGUCGACCAAUGUACCCUCCCGCUGCCCCGCAGCAAUCCAACUAUCCGCAGUACCCGCCGACGGGCCAGAACAACGGGGCUGGAUACCAAAACGGUCAGGGGGAGUACGGAUUACAUCAGCAACAGCAACAACAGUCGCUACUCCAGCAGCAACAACAGCAGCAGCAGCAGCAACAGCUGAUUCCUCCGAUGGCUGGUCUUUCCGUUCGGGACGGUAUGAACAAGUUGUGGGGAGUCGACCCGGUGAAUCUUCUUCAGGAGCGCGAGGUUCUGGACGCUGAAGUUCCCAUGAGUGACUUCGCUGCGAGGAACUGCCUUCCGGAGAUCAUGAAGUGCACCAUGACGAAAAUUCCCGAAACGUCAUCUUUGCUGCAGAAGAGUCGUCUGCCGCUGGGGAUCAUUGUGCAACCCUUCAAGGACCUCAAGAACCUGCCCGUCAUCCAGACGAACACGAUAGUCCGGUGCCGCGCCUGUCGAACUUAUAUCAAUCCUUUCAUCCAGUUCAUCGAUAGACAACGAUGGAAAUGUAAUAUUUGCUUCCGAAUCAACGAGCUCCCCGCGGAGUUCCUGCAGAACCCGAUGACCGGGCGGAUGGGGGACCCCGACAUGCGACCCGAAGUUCAAAACGGAACGGUGGAGUACAUAGCGCCUUCGGAAUACAUGGUCCGGCCACCGCAAGCCGCCACGUAUCUGUUCGUCCUGGACGUCAGUUUUCAGGCGGUUGAGACGGGAUAUUUGAAAGUCGCAACCGAUGUCCUAUUAGAUUGUCUUGAUCAUUUGCCUGGUGACCGAAGAACCACGAUUGGUUUUGUGACGUUCGACUCGUCUGUGCACUUUUAUUCUAUCGACAGCAGCAGUCGGAUGCCUCGUCAGAUGGUGGUCUCGGACGUAGAUGACGUUUUCAUCCCGAUGCCGGAGACUCUCUUGUGCAAUCUGUUGGAAUGUCGAGAACAAGUUCGGGAACUUCUAAAGAGCUUAGGUGCAACUCAGACCGGUGGACCGGGCAACUGUCUGGGUGCCGCGCUCCAGGGAGCCUACAAGUUGCUGUCUCCCAUCGGUGGUCGAGUUUCAGUAUUUCAAUGUUGCCUUCCCAAUCUUGGACCCGGCUGUCUGCAGUCCCGAGAGAAUCCCAAUGAGCGAUCAGCCAAAGAGGUCGUCAACCUGAACCCAGCGACCGACUUCUACAAGAAACUCGCUCUCGACUGUACUGGCCAACAGAUCGGGGUGGACAUUUUCCUCCUGAACUCUCAGUUCGCGGAUUUGGCAACGCUGGCGGGCAUUGCGAAGUAUUCGUCUGGUCAGCUGUACUAUUUCCCGAAGUUCCAUGUUACUCAGGCGGUUGAUCAAGUGGAACGCUUCAAAAACGAUUUUCGUCACUACUUGACGCGGAAAAUAGGAUUCGAGUCGGUAAUGCGCAUUCGGUGCACGAAAGGUCUGCAGCUGCACACGUUCCAUGGGAAUUUCUUCGUCCGAUCCACUGACCUGCUGUCUCUACCGAACGUCAACCCAGACGCCGGAUACGCGCUCCAGCUGAGCAUCGAGGAGAAUCUGACGGAUUGCAAUACGGCGGUUUUCCAAGCCGCCGUGCUGUACACAUCGGCACAAGGGGAGAGGCGAAUUCGAGUCCAUACGCUAUGCACGGGCGUGUCGUCACUACUGCAGGAUAUCCUGAAUGGGGCCGACCAGGAAGCGGUCGUGGGGCUCUUGGCGAAGAUGGCUGUCGACAGAACCAUAUCCUGCAGCGUGAACGACGCACGCGACGCCAUGAUAAACGCAGCUGCGGAUCUUUGUCACGCGUUUUCGUUAACUCAACGUUCGUCGGCGGGAGGCCUGAUGAUAAUGCGAAACUGCAAAACCUUGCCUCUGCUGAUUCUCGGAUUGCUCAAGCAACGAGCUUUCCGCGUCGGAGUUUCGACAAAACUCGAUGACCGUGUUUACGAUAUGGAGCGAAUCAAGAACCUCCCGUUGGACAAACUCCUUUUGCUCAUCUACCCGGCGCUCUAUCCACUACACGUCAUGGUACCCAAUCCGCCGAGAGUGCAGCUAUCCUUCGAGAAAGUCGAUAAAACUGGUUUAUACCUGCUCGAGACUGUGGACGCCUUGUAUAUCUACGUCGGUGGGCGACUGAACCCGUUGUUACUUCAGAACGUCUUCGGCGUCAGCAAGUUCUCGCAGCUCCCCGACAACAUGAGUGCGUUGCCUGAACUGGACAAUGAGGAGUCGAUACGAAUCAGAAGCUUCGUGGACUCUAUUUCAGCGAAACACGCCGUCCGUCCUCCUCUAUGGAUUCUUCGAGAAGACUCUCAUAUCCGACAAUUGUUUACCCAGUACAUGAUUAACGACCGUGGCGAAAGCAUGCUCUCCUACUACGAAUUUCUGCAGUAUCUCCGCAACCUGCUGGAUUCUUAUUGAAGGAGCUACCAGUCAGCUCUAGAAGAACUUGUUGUUGAAUGAUGCGGGGGGACAAACUAGCUCAAGACACGGGGUGACAGUCAUAAAAAAGCUCCGCAAAGAAAUUUCCUCCAUUAUUAUAUCAGCCGUGUCGGCUGUGGCGACGGAGCCAUCAUGGUCUGAUCGAAAGAAACUGGAAUAAGACAUGCGAUCAGAUUCAGAUGGGGCCGAAGACGAGGAUGCGCGUAUCGGCUCGUCCGGAUUGGGAAUGAAAAAAUCUGGGACUUGCCAAGGAGCAGGCAAUGCUUAUAGAAUAAAAUUUAUUUAUAAAUGAAAUAAGUCACGAGCUGCAAAGAUCGGUAGCUCCCAGGGGAUUUCACUGUGAUUGGUGCUGAGGGAGAAAUUCGCAGUGGAUUAUGAAGAGAGAGAUGUUGUCACGCAAGCGAUUUGUACAUACAGUUGAGAGUAAGAGAGAAACUAUGAUGAGGGGUGGGACGGCGGCGACGACACGGAGACAAGCGUCACGGGAGUCAUGAGCAUAAGAGG